UAAUUUUGGCAGCUCUGACUAGUUGUCCUUGCAAGGAUUUUUCUCAAAUGGCUCUUUAGACCAGAUUUUUAUUUAGGAAAAAAGUCAUUAAAAAGCAGUCAGGAUGAUGAGGAAACGGCCAUGUGUUUAGAGAAAUCUGAACAUGUUUUCGGUAACACUUUCAGAGCAGCAGCAGAAGGACUUGGCGAAGAGCCUUGUGUCGUUCCUGUCGAGAUAUAGGCACAUAUCCGACUCUUACAUUAUUGAGUUUUUCAGUGAGAACUUGUGGGAAACACUACCUAAAGGAUGGCAGGAAGCUUUACGAGAUUUAUCUCCACCUCAGGUAGCAGACCUGCUGCUGGAAAGAGAAACCAAGCACAGAGUCUUUCCGUCUGUAUGGCCUCUGUCUCUACUGGCACUUCGGGCCACAGCUCACACGCUGGCAUUUCCCCGGAUGUCUUCAGCCCACUGGUCCAAGGACACAGUAAAGCCGGACGAAUUCCUCUCUAACAGCAGUCAAAGCUCUCUGCUUGGUCAUAUCUUUCGCAAACACGUGAAACCCAAGAAACAACAUGAGAUUCGUAAGCUUGGGAUGGUGGUUAAGCAGCUGUGUGCCCAGACCGAGUGUAGCAGUGUGGUUGAUGUUGGGUCUGGGCAGGGCCAUUUGACCCGUUUCCUGUCAUUUGGACUUGGUCUAAAUGUUACUGCUAUUGAAGCUGAUCCCAAUCUACUUUCCAUGGCCUCUAAAUUUGAUAGACAGCUCCUGUUGACCCUGGCCAAAGAGACUCGGAAGACAGGCAUCACUCAGACAACACUUGAUCUUGUUCCCCGGCAUGUAGUUGGCUUUGUGAACCCGAGAGACACCUGGGAGACUUUUCUUCAGCAGUUGGGGAAGAGGGAGAAAAACAAUGAGAGUCACCCACGCAUGUCAGGACCAUGUAAAAAGAGACAUAGGGUAUCGAUGACAUCAGACAAGGAAUGUGAGCUUGAAACAGAGCUCGAUGGUGGAAGUCAGCAUUUGUGUACGGGGGAAUGCAGUUUGGAAGGUACAGCUGUCGUCAAUCCAGCUAAGUCUGCUCUUCAGCAACAUGAAAGUGAAAACAAUGACAAUGAAGCUCUGUCAGAUACUGUGACAGCAGGACAACACCUUCAAGCUGAUUUUAGGUUGAGUGCAUCCAUGCAUCCUGAGGUCUAUUCUAGGGUUGAAGAGCCAAUGUGUUCAGAUUUUGUACUGACUGGACUUCAUGCUUGCGGUGACCUUAGCGCUACUCUCCUUCGCCAUUUUGCUAACUGCCCCCAUGUUCGAGGAAUCACUUCUGUAGCAUGCUGCUAUAUGAAAAUCACCACCAAGGAGAACCCUACAUCCCCGGGAGUCAUCUGCCCCUCUCUGCCUAAUAACCUAAACGCAGUAUCACAGUCAGAAUAUGGGUACCCAAUGAGCCAGUGGGUUAGACAGUUGCCCGGACACCAGCUAUCCUAUAAGGCCCGUGAGGGGGCGUGCCAUGCAGUCGAGGACUAUCUCCACAGGUUAAGAGAUGAGAGCUCAUUGCUGAAAACACACUGCUACCGAGCGGCCCUGGAGAGCAUCAUCAGAGCAAAGAAGCCGCAGCUACGCAGAGCUGGCAUCCAGACAAUUAAAAAAGCCCAUAUGCUAUCUUUCACAGAGUAUGCCCGCUUGGGGCUCACCCGUGUUGGCCUGUCUGCUGACCUGACCUUUGAUCCUGUCAGUGUGGGAGCCCUGCUGAAGCAGCAGGGCAGAGUGGUGGUAUAUUUUAGCCUGGCUCUGCUGCUGGCUCCAGUUGUGGAGACUCUUGUUCUUUUGGACAGAAUGCUCUUCCUGCAGGAAAGAGGUUUUCAGAGCCAGUUGAUUCCUUUGUUUGAUCCGGCACUUUCACCCCGAAACCUUGUGUUGGUGGCAGUGAAACCCAAAGAAAAUGGAGAAGCAGUCAUUUAGUAAAACGAUUCAAACCAGUCACCUACAUUUAAUGUACAAAUGUUAAGAUUGAAUUUGCUUAAUUAGAAAGUGCACCAAUGGGACUCAUGUUUUUUUUUACCAGUGAAAUUAUUGUCAAUUAUGGUAUUUGCUUCAUUGCAGUGCUAUGAAUUUUAAAUCACUUUUUAAACCUAUUAACAAGUAUUUUAUGGCUUUAUUUGCCAUAAAAUCUGUAUUUGUUUGCCAUUUAUCUGUAUUUUUUUUUUUUUUUUUUAACAAAAACAGCCUGGACUUUAAUGUUACAGCGAAAAUUAAUUAUUUAUUUUUAUUCUGGAUUGGAUCUCUUUGUAUAUUUAUUCUUUUUGUAGUUUUGUAUAAAUUGCAUUUAAGAGUGACGACAUUGACUCUUUUUUGAUGUAUCGGUUUGAUCUUUUUAGUCCAUGUUGGUUUCCAUGCUUGUCUGUCAUUUGUUAGCAAAUAUUAAAGAUUAACCCUACAAAAAAAUUACCUCUUUUGGCUCACAGAAGAAAAUUAUAUAGACCCCAGGAGUUCUCUCAUAGUUGCCAGAGUGGUGUGUAAUCCAGGGUGUUUUACAUUAAUGCCUCUGAUUAAUUACCAUGUUUCCUACACAAUUAACAUACUGAGAGUGCUAAAGCCAUUAUGUGUGUAUUCAAUUACAUUAGAACUGCUGAGUGGGUGGCCUUUGACUAGUGUGGCCUGCCUGAGACCUAAUAGUAUUAAUGAAGGUAUCAGAGCUCAGGAUCUCUAGAGCAUCUCAUAAAACAUUUAGAAUGGCAUAGAUAUGAACCUACUAUAAUGUGUUACGCAGAAUCAAAGAUGGAAACAGCUUAAUUGAAGACAUGAAAAAUGAUAUUUAAUAAAAAGCUUUUUAUGCCAGGUUUUUAAAGAAAAACAACAACAAAAAGUUAAUUAAUUGUUGUUACUUUUGCAUGUCAUAGAGUAUCAGCAGUGCACUUCAGCUUAACUCCAGGCAUUAAAAUUCAUGCUAAAAUGAGUGGAACAUUUUCACUGUAUGCAUUAUUUAUAUAUGGAAUUGGUAAAGGGGAAUUAUCCAGAUUCUCUUCAAACUUAUCUUUACCAUUCUGCUUCCAACUUAC